UGAAAGAGAGAUGGUUUCUGUUGGUGUAAAUACAUAUUUGCGAAGCGAGCAGAAUCUAUGCCUUUCAUACAGAGAAACCAAAGAGAGACGAGGGAAAAGAAGGCAGCUAAAUUACUACGUUGCAUUCUAACAUGGGGUGCAGUUGGCUGUUGUUUAGUGUUUGUUGAGAUAUUAUGGUAUAUCAGUUAGACCACCCACACGGAGCCCAGCUACUGGUUGAACACAACGGAGUUCAAAGGUUCACGCGAGAAUUAACCAAUUUAAUCAGUUAUUACCAGUCUUAUAGUCAGAUUAACUAGUAGAUAGGGAGGGAGUCUCCGAACAGACUUCUGUCUGAAGCGCUCGGAGCGAUUAGAGCAGGACCAUUCUCUACUGAUCCAGAAAAGUAACUAGUUGCUGUGAAGAAAUCCUUGCCAUUAUCCUGGAGUCUGGCUCGCUCGCUUGAUUUGUUAGGAGCUCCCAUAGAAUGACAAUGUUUGACAAUUCCCAAUAUCCUUACAACUGCUUUAAUUACGAUGGAGAUGAUUACCCGCCUUGUAGCUCUGACGAAGAGAAGAAGAUAUGUAGACCUGCCUACAGUUAUAUCGCCCUCAUUACUAUGGCCAUCCAGCAGAGUCCCGGCCACAGGCUCACCCUGUCCGGCAUCUAUGAGUUUAUCAUGGCAACAUUCCCCUACUACCGAGCGAACCAGAGAGCCUGGCAAAACUCGAUCCGGCAUAAUCUGUCCCUGAACAGCUGCUUUGUCAAGGUGCCAAGGUCGGAAGGAAACGAGAAAGGCAAAGGGAAUUUUUGGACCUUUGCUUCAGGUUGCGAGUCGAUGCUGGAUCUUUUUGAGAACGGCAAUUACCGGCGGCGGAGGAGGAGGAGGAAGGCGGCGCCAGGCAAACGCUUGCCGAGGUAUCAGUGUGACAGUGGGGGAGAGCUGCAGUCUCCCGGGCAAGGGCCAGCGGAGAAAUUACUCCAACGGGACACGCCCCAGCUUCCCCACAAAACCGAGUCUGAGAUCAAAUUCAGCAUCGAUUACAUCCUGUCUGCCCCGGACCCCUUCCCUGCACUUCGAACCCAGCAAACUGACAGACUGCUGCUGGAGGAUCAACAAGUCAGCCUGCACUUCUGGGCAAAGUGAACUCCUGGCGCUUUAGGGAAGGAAAAGUUGCUCCCUGAUGGAAGAGCUAGCCCUUGGCGUCCGAGACUGAGGAGGGAUCAGGCCGUUAUUGUACGGGACCCCCUGCCUCUUCCGUAUCCAGCGUCCGGUUGUAAUGUGAAGCAUUGUGUGUGUGUGUGUGUGUGUGUGUGUCAGUUCCUCGGCCAGGUAUCUUAAACCCCAAGUCUGAAAUCCAGCCAGCCCUACCAUUCCAAUUAUUCAGGCUCCAGGGAGGGUUAAAAAAGCAUGCUAAAUAAAGAAAAGCCACUUUGCACAUUACACAUUCCUCAACCCACACACUGCGCCCCCCCCCCCAAAAAAAAGCACGUUUAAAAGGCGAAAUGUUGAGUGGAGUGCGUGAAUCAUUUUGUUUCAUUGACUUGAGAAUGUCGAGAUGGGGAGGGUGCGCGGUGAGGGCCAUUAUUCCUUCACAUUUAUGAUAUCCCACAUUGUGAUGAGAAUGACCUAUGUAUUCAGGCAAUAAAAUGCUUUCGAUGAAGGCGGGACUGACUGUCAACACGGUUGCAGUUUUUUUUGAAGUUCAGAAACUCUCGCCGCAUUGGGAUAACUGGUAUUUGCCUUUCCCACGGUUCACGGGUAAUACCGAUAACGUGAGCAUAUCAUUUCUCGCCAAAGCUAGUCAAAGGUCAUAUGCUUGUCACUGAUCAUUAUAACCCUUCACAGCACAUCAAACAGUUAGCAAGGUAGAAACCAAAGCCCAGUCCGGCCGAACCAUACCAGCAUUGACUGAUAUAACAUUACCUCCUUUUUCUUUUUUUGGCGAGGCAAUCCCGUUUUAUAAUUUCAAAUCACAUCCAAUUUCCGUGCCUUUUCCAAUCUGUGGUUGGUGUGAGUGUUAUGUUUUUUUUCGCGUGUGGGUAUUUGUUUUUCAAUGUAACCUUUAUUUGCCUAAUGUUCGAGACGUUUAACAUGACAAGCAUUUAAUACAAGAGCGACUCUCCAAGUCGAAACGACAGCUGACCUUAUUGCAGUUAUGUGGAGCACCCCGUGAACGCAUCUCCAGCACAAUCAUGUC